CGAGUCUGCGGGGCUCUCCUUCCAGCGGCGCGGGGGCUUCGCGGGCCGGGCGGCACGGCAGAGAUGCGCUCGACGCCGGGGCUGCCGACGCCGGGGGCCUCGCUGGUGCUGCGGGUGUCCUUCGUGGACGUGCAGCCCGAAGUGAUCCCCGUGCAGCUCUGGGGGCUGGUGGGCGAGCAGCAGGACGAGUACGUGAGGCUGAGCCGGGAGAUCCAGGAAGCGGCGGCGGCUGCGCGCGGCCCGUGGGCGCUGGGCGGCGCCUCAGCCUCAACGGGCGAGCUGUGCCUGGUGCAGGCGGGUCUGCUGUGGCAACGCGGCCGCGUGGUCAGCCGGCAGGCGCAGGAGAGCCGCGUCUUCCUGCUGGACAAGGGUCGCACCAUCACGGCCGGUGCGGACUCGCUGGCGUCUGGGCGCAAUGAGUUCUUCCACAUGCCGUCAGAGGUGCUGGGCUGCGUGCUGGCUGGCCUGGUACCUGCAGGUGGUGGCGGCGUGGGUGGGGGCAAGCCCCAGCACUGGGCUGCCAGCGCCGUGGACUUCCUUAGCAACCUGCAGGGCAAGGAGAUGCACGGACGGGUCCUGGACGUGCUGCUGCUCCACGGCCUGGUCCUCCUGGAGGUGCCCGAGCUGUACCAGCAGAUGCAGGAGCUCGGCUUGGCCCGGCAGGUACCCGACGGCCUUUUCCGCUCCCUGCUCAAGCACUACCUCUCAGCCACCGCAGCUGUCCUGGGCCCCGGGGCCCCUGUCGUCCCACGAAUCCCACCCAAGCAGGAGCAGCCUGGCCUGGAUUACUUCUACCCCCAGCUGCAGCUGGGCGUGACGGAGCCCAUGGUGGUCACCCAGGUGUGCCAUCCCCACCGCAUUCACUGUCAGCUCUGCAGCCUCUCACAGGAGAUCCACCACCUCUCUGAGAGCAUGGCCCAGAUAUAUAGGGGUUCCCCCGGGACAGGGGAUGAGAACUAUACCAGUGCUACCUGGGAGGAGAGCCCAGACAAGCCGGGUUCUCCGUGCGCAUCCUGCGGGUUGGAUGGACAUUGGUACAGAGCUCUCUUGCUUGAGACUUUCCGGCCCCAGCGCUGUGCCCAGGUACUUCAUGUGGACUAUGGAAGGAAGGAGUUAGUGAGUUGUAGUAGCCUUCGCUACUUGCUGCCCGAAUAUUUUCGAGUGCCCGUGGUGACAUACCCUUGCGCUUUGUACGGACUCUGGGAUGGUGGCAGAGGCUGGUCUCAGUCACAGAUUGGUGACCUGAAGGCACUGUUUCUGGGCCAGGCAGUGGAUGCAAAGAUUGAAUUUUACUCUUCCUUUGAGCAUGUGUAUUACGUCACCCUGUAUGGAGAAGAUGGGAUUAAUCUUAACUGUGUGUUCGGAGUGCAGUCCUGUUGCUUGGCUGACCGAUUCCUUCAGAGCCAGGGAAUAGAGGAGGAGGAGGAGGGCGGGGAGGAGGAACUGGAAACAGCUUUUCAGUCUCAGUCUUCUGCUGAAGAAGUGGAUGAAGAGAUUUCACUCCCAGCCUUGACAUCUAUCAGGUUAAAGAUGAACGCCUUCUAUGAUGCCCAGGUGGAGUUUGUGAAAAAUCCUUCUGAGUUUUGGAUUAGGUUGAGGAAACACAACGGCACCUUCAGCAAAUUGAUGAGGAGAAUGUGCGGUUUCUAUGCCUCUGCCAGUAAGCUGGAUGGUGUUGUUUUGAAACCUGAAGCCGAUGACCUUUGCUGUGUGAAAUGGAAAGAAAGGGGCUAUUAUCGGGCUAUGGUCACCCGAUUAAACGACAAGAGUGUGGAUGUAUUCUUCGUUGACCGGGGCAAUUCAGAAAAUAUGGACCUGCAUGAUGUGAGAAUGCUGCUCCCUCAGUUUAGGCGGCUACCAAUACUGGCCCUGAGGUGCACCCUGGCUGAUAUUUGGCCUUUGGGAAAAACUUGGAGCCAGGAGGCAAUUUCCUUUUUUAAAAAGACUGUGCUCCACAAAGAAUUAGUUAUCCAUGUCCUUGAUAAGCAGGAUAGUCAGUAUGUUAUUGAGAUUCUUGAUGAAUCAAUAACAGGGGAAGAAAACGUUAGUAAGGUAAUUGCUCAGGCUGGAUUUGCCAAGUAUCAGGAAUUUGAAACAAAGGAAAAUAUUUGCAUAAGUGCCCAGUCUCCAGGGCAUGUUUCAAACCAUUUUACUGCAGACAAUAACAAAACAUCUGCCGAGAAGGAAGUAGAACACAAAGUCAAGAGAGAGGGUGAAACUACAGCUGUUCCAGAAACUGUGAAUGACACAACAGUUGUGACAAACGUUUCAACUGGACUAGUUGUACAGGACAAAGAGAAAAGAGUGUCUGUUUUUUCUCCUCUUGUACAGAAUUUCUUGGGCAUUAAGCCAGGCUCUUCUUGUAAAGAGGAGCUAGAAGUUGGAAGUACAGUAGAAGUCAAAGUGUCUCAUGUUGAAAACCCUGGCUAUUUCUGGUGCCAGCUGACCAGGAACAUAGAAGGAUUUAAAGCUCUAAUGUGUAGUAUUCAAGACCAUUGCAAGAAUACAGCUACUCCCUACCAGGGAACCACCCCUGCUUGUUUGGCAAAACGAACAGCAAAUGGAAAAUGGUCCAGAGCUCUGAUUACUGGGGCACAAUCUUCAGAGCAUGUCAAUGUCAUAUUUGUAGAUUAUGGAGAUGAAGAAACGGUAUCUGUGAAGAAUAUUUAUUCAAUUAGUGAAGAGUUUCUCAAGGUUAAGGUUCAAGCUUUUAGGUGCAGCCUUUAUAAUUUAAUUCAACCAACGGGUCACAAUCCUUUUGUUUGGGAUGAAAAGGCAAUCCAAGCUUUUAGUGAAUUUGUGCAUAAGGCAUGGAAGACAAUCGAGUUAAAAUGCACAAUAUUUGCUUUGGCUUCCAUUCACAUUGAAGAACUGUUUAAUGUCGUGGAUUUGCUAACACCUUUCCAGAGUGCGUGCCAUUUUUUGGUAGAACAGAGACUUGCAAGACCAGUAAAACUUCAGAAGCCUCUGGAGUCCUCUGUUCAGCUCCGUUCUUACUACUAUUCUACACAUGAUAUGAAAAUUGGAAGUGAAGAAUCAGUGUAUAUAACCCAUAUCGAUGACCCUUGGACAUUUUAUUGCCAGCUGGGAAGAAAUGCAAAUAUUUUAGAACAGUUGUCAUAUCAUAUUACACAAUUAAGUAAAGUUUUGCUGAAUUUAAAAACAUCUCCCUUGGUCCCCAGCAUAUUGUGCCUUGCCAGGUAUUCUGAUGGAAACUGGUAUAGGGGGAUAAUCAUAGAAAAAGAACCAAGUAAAGUCUUUUUUGUUGAUUUUGGGAAUAUUUAUGUGGUAACAAAUGAUGAUCUGCUUCCAAUACCUAGCGAUGCAUAUGACGUCUUACUUUUGCCCAUGCAAGCCAUUAAAUGUUCAUUAUCUGAUAUUCCUGAUCAUAUACCAGAAGAAGUUACAACGUGGUUUCAGGAGACUAUUUCAGAUAAGUCAUUGAAGGCUUUGGUUGUAGCAAAAGAUCCAGAUGGAAGACUGAUUAUAGAACUAUAUGAUGACAGUAUUCAAAUUAAUGCUAGUAUUAAUGAGAAGUUAGAACUCCUGGGUUCCAAAGGUGGGACAAGAAAAAAAGAAAAUGAAUCACUCCUCUCUACAACUGAAACUCUUGAAGCAAAAAAGGAAGCUGUGAAGUUGUCACCUACAAAGCAUUUAAGUAAAUCAAUAGAGAACAAAUCAGACAGUUUGGCGAUCUUAGGAGAAUCAUACAAACCUAAGGUCAGCUCAGCAUGUAAAGACAUCAAAUUUUUAUGCAGUUCAAUGAAGACAAACUUAGUCACUCAAUAUCAGGACUCUGUGGCAAAUAAAAAUAAUCAAGUGUCUCCAUUACCAGUAGAAAAGAAAUUAGAAAGUUCGGCUGAGCCCCCUUUGAAAGCCACAAAACUAGAAGCCACUCUUCCAGAGAGAAAAAUAGGAGAUUCAUGUAACAAAGGUUUGCCUCUAAAAUUUUCUGAGUUCCCUCAGAAGACUAUAAUGCCUGGCUUUAAAACAACUGUAUAUGUUUCUCAUAUAAAUGACCUUUCAGACUUUUAUGUUCAACUAACAGAAGAUGAGGCUGAAAUUAAUCAUCUUUCAGAGAGGUUAAACACUGCUAGAACACGACCUGAAUAUUAUGCAGGUCCACCUUUGCAAAGAGGAGAUAUAAUAUGUGCUGUUUUCCCAGAAGAUAAUUUAUGGUAUCGUGCUGUGGUCAAGGAACAACAACCCAAUGACCUUCUCUCUGUGCAGUUUAUAGAUUAUGGCAAUGUUUCUGUGGUUCACACCAACACAGUAGGCAAACUUGACCUUGUUAAUGCACUAUUACCCAGACUGUGCAUUCACUGUUCCUUAAGGGGCCUUGGAGCUCCUAAGAUUUUAAACCAUAAGGAAAUGAUGCGUUACUUUUCCCGAAGGACAGAGGAGGCUCAACUAAGAUGCGAAUUUGUUCAAUUUCAAGACAAAUGGGAAGUUAUUCUUGCUGAUGAACAUGGGAUCAUAGCAGAAGAUAUGAUGAGCAGAUAUGCUUUCAGUGAAAAAUCUCAAAUAGGACUUUCUACCCAAAUAAUUAAAGGUGCCUGUUCAAAGUCUGUCAACAAAACAGACAUAGACACUUCUGUAUUUCUUAACUGGUAUAAUCCAAAGAUGAAGAUGAUACGAGCUUAUGCCACGGUGAUCGAGGGACCUGAAUAUUUUUGGUGUCAGUUUGCGGACACAGAGAAACUUCAGUAUUUAGAAGUGGAAGUACAAACUGCUGGAGAGCAGGUGACAGCUUGGAGAAGCUGCAUCCCCUGCCCUCAUAUUGGAGAUCCUUGCAUAGUGAGAUACAGAGAAGACGGGCAUUAUUACAGGGCUCUUGUCACCAAUAUUUGUGAAGAUUCUCUUGUGUCCGUCAGGCUUGUGGACUUUGGAAACGUUGAAGACUGUGUGGACCCCAAAGCCCUCUGGAACAUCCCUUCUGAACUGUUGGCAGUUCCCAUGCAAGCCUUUCCAUGUUGCCUCUCAGGAUUUAAUAUUUCAGAAGGUGCAUGCCCUCAAGAGGGAAAUGACUACUUUUAUGAAAUAGUAACAGAAGAUAUUUUGGAGAUAACAAUAUUAGAAAUCAAAAGGGAUGUUUGUGAUAUCCUUUUAGCCAUCGUUGACUUGAAAAGCAAAGGCGAAAGUAUUAGUGAGAAAAUGAAGAAAUAUUCAAAGAUUGGUGUGAGUGACAGUGACCUGCCCUAUGAAAAAAAUGGCCCAGACAUAAAGGGAGCUCUUGGGUCCCCCGGUCCCGAUGUUGGACUUCAGAAAUCAAGUAGCAAAGCUGGACAAGAGAAAGCACUCUAUGUCGAAUCACAGACAGGUAAGCUCUUGGGAAGAAUUGACAAAGACUUAAACAUCAUUGAAACCAAACCAGGUAAAUUCUUUGAGCCUAAAACUGAUAACAUUUUUGAAAAUUUUGAAAACCCAGGCAAAGAUGAAAUUGGCACUGAGAUGCUGGAAGAUAAAGUCGAGUGCCAUCUGGGUGACAAAGCAAAGUUUGAUGAUAAAUACCUAAUUACAGGAUUUAGCACAUUGUUACCACAUGCCACCGAAACAAAGGAGACACUGGAACUGAAUUCCCUUGAGGUGGAGCUUUCUCCUGAUGAUGAGUCCAAAGAAUUCCUGGAGCUGGAAUCCAUUGAAUUGCAACAUUCCUUAGUUGCAGAUGAGGAGGAAGAAGAGCUGGGCCUGAUGCCUCUGUCUGUGCCUCUUUCCCAAGGCUGUGACCCAGCGGCCACCCUGCCACCAUUGCCAGGGCUACUGCCCCUCAACUGUGAAGCCAAGAAACAGCCUGAACUAGAAUUACCUACAGCCCAGCUGUGUCUAGAGGACAAAAUAAACCCUUUGUCUUUAAGAGUUAGUCAGAAAGCCCAAGAAUCCCUGGGUGCUGACGACACAAGAAGGUCCAGUUGUGCGGAAUGCUUUGAUGAGCAUAGGCUGUGCCAGCACAGAAAGACUUGCUAUGCCAAGAUGCAGAUUGAAAUGAAUAUCUAUAAAGAAGAAUUUACAGAAUGUACAUCUCUGUUUAGAGAUGCCGUGUCAUCGUUGAACUCUGUGUUUUCUGAAGAAGAACCCAGAAGGAAACACAAUCACACUUUACCAGAUCAUGUCUCGGCUCAACCAGAGAACACCUACACUCUGAAAGGAUUUACUGUCGGAUCCAAAUGUGUUGUGUGGUCAAGUCUAAGAAACACGUGGUCUAAAUGUGAGAUUUUGGAAAUAGCUCAAGAAGGCACAAGGGUUUUGAACCUUUCAAAUGGAAUGGAAGAGGUAGUGAACCCUGAGAAUGUCUGGAAUGGCAUACCCAAAUUGGAUAAGAGUCCAUGUGAGAAAAGAGGUCUGGAGAUAAUAGAGAUUUAACUGCGUCCAUAAACGUGGCCUGUCAGUCAGAAGCUGCUCUUAAACAAGUGCUACCUUGCCCAGACCAACAGAAUAUAUCAGAAAAUUGAGGGCACGUAGUCAUAAGAAGUUGUCGUUUCCGAAAAGCUUGAUAUGUGUCAAAAACAAAACAGAUCUC